UUCAAAUUUUAUUUCAACUUGCUUUUUUUUUUGUUUGAACUAAAAUUUACAUUAUUCGUCCGCAUCCAUCACCUUUCUUCAUCUUUCUUUUUUUUUUCUUCAUCUUUCUUUACCCCUUCAAUAAUUACAUUUUCAGUGACCUCUGCACAACCGGUAGUUUCAUUUCAAGCAUUGCAUCUAACUAAGAAUAACUAUGACUAGUCUGGUCCGAUCAGACCGUGAUCGAUCUUCUAGAUUUUAGUAACCUUAUUUGACCGGAUAGACAGCUAAAUGGUAAAAGACGUGGGUCAAGUUUCAUUUAACCGGAUAUCAGUUACAAACAAGUCCAGUAUCGACUAUUUACGACGUUGUCCGAACUAACUGUGUCGUUAAUCUAUAUAUAGUAUAGUAGUAUAACGGAGAUCAUCGAGUUCAGACAUGAAAUCACAAACAAAAAUUCCGACGUUUGACUAUUGAACAAAAUGCGCUGAUCAAUUUUUUUACCCUGUAUAAAUAUAAGACAAUAUACCACAUUUUAAGACGGUGUUAGAAACGCGACAAAAAAAAGAAGUAUAGCUGAUUCGAGAGAGCUAGGACUAAUCUCGGAGGUGUCUACUUGUUUACGCAUAUAUCAAAUUCCAAAUGAAUUGAUAUCGUUGACUUUCUAGACAUGUAAAAUUCACUUCGGGUUAGGGGGACGCACAACAAAUGAAACACACCAAAAGGCAACAAUAUAAUCUUUAUCGUACAGCUUACAACAGAAAUAUGUAUGUUGAUACCAACUUAAUACAGUUUAUAUCAUAUACUCCUAUUACAUAAGGGGAACAACUAAGAGAAUGAAAAAAUAUUUUAGAAAAAUGAAGAAGAUCUUUUGGGGAAAGAAAUAAUAAAGCAGGGCAAGAAGAGAAAUGAUGACACCAUGCGGGGGCUCUGAGUCUCUGCUAGUGUUAUAAUUUGACAACAUUAUAUUGAUCCAAAGCUGUCUUGUAAUGUCCUUCUUGCAUCUGCCAGUUUGUGCCGACCCCUCGUAAUGCCCCUUUACUUUUUUCCAUCUACUCCUAUCUCGCUUUGAUUUUUUUUUUUUUUUUAUCUCUCUUUGAAUUUCUUCUCUCAUCAUAUCCAAAACCGAGAAUUAUGUAAAUUAGCAACGUGAGAACGGGUAUUAAUGACAUUUUUGGAAGCAUCUCUCGUACAUUACGAAGAAAUAAGAUUGCCAGAUAAUAUGUCCUUUCAUCUGGCAAAUAGGUAAGUUAGCGCAAUGAAAGUAACUUCUUAUAUUUUACUAUAUUUUCCCCAUUAAGCAAGUAACUUCAACCUGAAACAUUACGAGAUUAGCUAUUAAGAAUUAUGCACUCGGUGUUAAAAAAGAGAUUGAAAACAUAUCAGUGACAAAUGUCAAAACAUGAGAACAAAACUGAUCACUAAUUAAACCACAUUCAAGUGAAACUGAAAACCCUAACAUGGAGGGACCAUCAAAUGAUUGAACGUUACUGCCCCAAUCAAAAACUUACUUCUGAGUUUAUUUUGGCAUAAAUUAGUUUGGUGAUGAUGUUCAACUAGGUCCCUCUUAAUAUGACAGAAUGACAGAAUACAUGGUAAAUUAUAUGAACAAUAAAAAUAAAAUGAUCUUUUACCAUAAAAGUCAUUCGUUAUUAUUACCUGUGUUUGCCAUUACAAGCUAUCCUUUCCUUUAUUUUGUAAUUACUUUUCAACGGCCAAGAGGUUACGUUACCUUUAAAUUACAAGAAAAUAUUAAGUGUUUUUUAGUCAAAGAAAAUACAAGGAUCACGAUUUCCUCCCUUUUUACAUUUUCUCCGCCUCUCAUUAAUGAUUUUUGGAGUAACAAAAUAAUGUUUUCCGUGAACUAAUUAUUUUUAGCAACUAUCUAUUGUCUUUUUUUUUAACAAUGUUAAGUUUUAAGCUAUACAAAAAAGAAAAGUUCAAACUACCAGCUUUAAAAAAAAGUUAAAUAAACUAAAAAAAAUCAUCAGAUUGGUUUAUUUAGCAUAAAAAAUUUAAAAGAGCAUAUAAAUAGAAAUCGCCAAAGAUUAAGAUAGUACCAACUAACAUACUGGUUUAUUUAGCAAACUAAUAUAUCACGGUUUUCUUUGACAAAAUCAUUAAUCAAAUUAGCAUAAGUUCUCACAUAACUACAUACAUGUAUCUUUUUUUGACUUCUUGUUCUUAUUUUUAAUUUUUAAAAUUUUAAAAUUAAUCUUGUUUAUUUUCUUGCCUUUUUAUCUUUUCUUUUCUUUUCUUACUUCUACAACAAAAUGUCUAGUUCCUCGAGCUGUAAGAUGAUUACCAAAAAUUGUCUCGUUUGAAGGAAGAAAAAGAUGAAUAAAAGUGUUUUCAUUAAAAUAAUGUAUAGUUCCUGCCGAUGUAUUAAAUGAAAAACUGUUGUUGACAAAAAAAAUGAAAAACUGUUAUCACAUCUGUAAAAGUAUAUUUUUUGAUAAAAUUACCCUUUAAACAAAAUACAAAUGCUGAAGCUGCCAACCCUUCAUAAUUUGUCUUUAUAGUAAGACACUACUAUAACUAUUGAAUAUUGAUACUCUCAUCUCUUUCACAAUUUUUCACACAAGUUAAUAAAAUAUUUUAAUUUUUUUUUUAAUCUAUCAGUAAUAUAUUUACAGGAUGUUUUUCCCAUUAAUGCAUUAGAAUAAUGAAGUUAAAAUUAGAAUAUUUUUCUACAAAUUUUCAUUAAAAAUGUAAAGUAACACUUUAUGAAAUAAAACUAAAAUUCUAAAAUUGUAAUCUAUGAAAUGAGGGAGUAUUUUUAAGAUUCUUGGAAGGAAGAUACAGCCCAGUUUAGGCCCAUAUAAGAAAUAUUUGCUUAGGUAAAGCUCAUAAAACCCAAUCAGCUUAGCCCAUGUUGAGUUUGUUUUCUUAGAAAAAAGGUGAAAAUAGAAUUCCACGUAAGCACAGAAACAGACGACUGACACGGUGGUCCUCCGUGUAGGCGUGAAUUGAACCGAAUCCUCGACGGAGGAAAGCGCCAACCAUCUCUCCAUCUCACAAAUGUCUUCUCUUCUUCUUUCGUACGACUUUUUUUCCCCUUCAAUUUAAAGUAUUGAUGCCUUCGCCAUACCUCUCGCCUCUGAUCUCAACCGCUUAAUUCAGUGUGAUUGUAAAAGAGAAGAUGGAAAAGUUGUUGAAGGAAGGCCCAACACUGCUGCAGCUGCACAAGUGGGAGCCUUCUCAAUUGCAACUCAAUCUAUCAGAGUUUCGGGAGGCUUUUAUUUCUCCGUCGAGGCAGUCUUUGUUAUUGCUCUCCCACCACUCCGAAGCUUUGCUGUUACCUCUGUCUGCAGGGAGUUCAAUUGGCAGCGAGGUUCCUGUAGAUUGUCAUAAUGACGAGUCCAGUUGUCCUACUACAGUAUCUGUCGGGUCAGAUCCAGUGAACACUGCACCUCCUUCUGGAUCAGGAGUUGGUUCUGGUGACCCAGGUUUUGUAGAUAAUUGCACUAGUUUUCCUUUUAUCUUUGAUGCAAAGUCCGUUGCUUGGGGUAGUUGUGGGGAUACUUACGACCGGCACGAAGAUCCGUUGUUCAGGGAAUUGUUGUUUAUAUCUGGAAGUCAUGGUGUUACCGUCCAUGCUUUUUGCUGUUUCAAAGAUUCAAGUGACGUAGCCAAUGGGAAACCAAAUGGUGAGCUGAGGCAUGGAGAGUGGGUUGAAUGGGGACCUUCUAGGCUUAAUCAGGAUCCGGAACCGGAACACGGAACAGCCUCUUCUUUUGAUGGUUCAAAGCAGUGGAUGCAAUCUUUUCUAGUUGAUGUGGAAACUACUGAGAUUGAGGGUAUAAGACAAUCAAGGUUCCCUGAAAAAUCAGCGUUUCCUGGUUCUGCGAAUGUCGUUUCAUUCAGCAUAUUAAAUGGUGAUCUACCUUUCUCGAAUCUUCAGGAGGGUAAUAUGCCGGAGGAAGGUAUGUACAGGUGCACCAAAGUUUUCUCCAGCGAUUCUCAUGUUCUGAUUGGAUUUGUUAUGGAGUUAUCGGGCUGUGCAUCUACGCCUACAAGCAAUGCAAACGGAAAAAGCAAGGGUAAGAGUGUUGUAUUUGUGGCUCAGCUGUUUAACUGGGGGAUGGAAUGGGUCUCCCUUGUGAAUAUUGGGGAAACAAGUAUCAGACCUACAAAUGAAUGGGCAGAUUUCCGAAUGACUGAUAAGUUUGUUAUCUGCCUCAGUGUUUCUGGUUUGAUCUUUCUAUACGAUGUGAAAUCUGGGGAUUGUUUUGCUCAUCACGAUAUUUUACAGACAUGUGGUCCUGGAUUGCAUUCUUCAUCAAAUGUGCAAGAAGUAACGGCAGAGUCUGAUGACCGAAAUGACUUUCAAAGUCUUGCUCCAUCAAUGUUUAAGUCUCACGUUGUUGGUUCAGCCGGCAGAAGAAAGUUUAGGAAACUAAUUCUAGCUUCUCAUACGCCACUCGUAGCUGCAGUUGACGAAAAUGGUUUAGUAUACGUGUUAUGUGUUGAUGACUUUGUUUCCGAAGAAUAUCACAUGCCCUUGGAAUCUAUACCUUCUUUAUGUCAUCUGGGGCCUGGAAGUCUGGUUGGGUGGAAAGUCGGUGGCAUGGACAUUGGCCAGCAAAAAGUGCACCACGCUGGUGAAGACGUUUUUACCAGGUGUGAUCCUAGGUCUUUUGCUUCUGAUACCCCUAUGUCUGACCCAUGUUUGAAAAGACAACAAAACAAUUUUGAUCGAAGAGCUGGUUACUGUGGUUCAUGGCUGAGUGGUUUUACUGUUCAGCCUAAAACAAAUGCGCGGGGACUUGAAAAUUUCCAAAGAGACUCACAGGUCAUGCGGAAGAUGUUUCUAUCUGCCGAAAAAUUAGGAUCGGAAGAUAACUUAUGUUUUUCUCCAUUGGGAUUCACUCAUUUCUCUAGAAAACACACAAAAAAGGAAGAUCAAAGCUGUAAGGUUCUUCAUUACAGCCUGCAGACGCAUAUGACUACGAGAGAUGAUAGUUAUUUGAAUUACGAUAACAGAAUUUCUGUUCAAGGUGCAGAAGAAACUUUCGUAGGAGAAUCAGUUGGUUGUUCUUUCCAAGGGUUUCUUUAUUUGGUGACUUGUAGUGGCCUCUCUGUUUUUCUCCCUUCCAUCUCAGUUACCUCAAAUUAUCCUACUGUUGAGGCAGUUGAAUAUCUGCAGCCACUCCAAACCACUGUCAUGGGAUGCCAGGGAAGAGACAAUUUGAGAACAGAUGAAUCACGUAUUCCUUUGCAAGUUGAGGUCCUAGAUAGAGUUAUAUUGUUUGAAGGCCCUGAAGCUGCAGAUCGUUUGUGCUUGGAAAAUGGUUGGGACCUUAAAAUUGCUCGUUUGCAGCGACUGAAAAUGGCGUUGGACUACUUAAAAUAUGAUGACAUCAACGAGUCUUUGAAGACGCUUGGUAAUAUGAAGCUGGCAGAAGAAGGCAUGCUAAGGGUGCUCUUUUCUGCUCUGUAUCUGUUGUCGCGCAAGAGUAGAAAUGAUACUGAGAUUUCUGCUGUAUCUAGGCUCCUCGCAUUGGCUACAAGGUUUGCAACUGAGAUGAUUCGCAUAUAUGGGUCACUUGAAUAUCAGAAAGAUGGACACAUGCUGGACAGAAGAUCUAGGACACGACUACUUUCACUUCCACCAAUUUCACGGCAUCACGAUGUAAUGGAAAAUUCAAGGAGGUUGUCAGAGAUGGGUUAUCUUUUGGAGAUCACUAGGAAUUUUCAGUCCCGUAUUUCCAGAAAAUUUAAGAAGCUAGGAAAGGGAAAGAAUGAAAAGUCACUGAACCUGGUAGACCCAAGUUCUUUGCAGGAUGAUUCUCAGCUUGACGUUGUUCCAGAUGCAGCACAUGCGGAGUCGAGACAACUUGACGAUACCAAUGAGGAGCUUGCUUUGACGCCUCUGGGUAUGAUGACAGCUAAAGCUGGUCAGGUCAUUGACGAAAUAAGUUAUGCAUCUUCCCUUGUACCUCAAGGGGUAGUUCCAGAGACGAAAGUUCUUCCUCUGGAAAAUCCGAAGGAGAUGAUGGCUCGUUGGAAGACUGAUAAUUUGGAUUUGAAAACCGUGGUUAAGGAUGCCUUGCUCUCCGGUCGACUCCCUUUAGCUGUUCUUCAAUUGCAUCUUCAACAUUCUAAAGACUCGUCUGAAAAUGGAGAGCAUCAUGAUACAUUUACUGAAGUUCGUGAUGUCGGAAGAGCUAUUGCUUAUGACCUAUUUUUGAAGGGUGAACCUGGGGUUGCCAUUGCAACUUUGCAAAGGCUCGGAGAGGAUGUAGAAGCGUGUCUCAACCAGUUGGUAUUUGGCACAGUGAGGAGAUCUCUUCGUUAUCAAAUUGCCGAAGAAAUGAGAAAACAUGGUUUCUUAAGACCAUAUGAAGACAAUGUACUGGAGAGGAUCUCUCUUAUCGAGAGGCUUUAUCCUAGCAGUCAGUUUUGGGAAACAUAUCUUACUCGUCGAAAGGAACUCCUGAAAGCUGAUGUACCUUUUGAUUCCAGUAAAAUUAGUUUGCACCUUGGGGGGUCUUCUCUGUUCCAGCAUCUCGAGAUUGAAUGUGGUGAGGUUGAUGGUGUUGUUCUUGGUUCCUGGACAAAAAUCAAUGAGAGUGCAUCUGAGCACGCGCCUGAUGAAACCGAUGCAAUUGCUGGUUACUGGGCAGCAGCAGCUGUGUGGUCAAAUGCUUGGGAUCAGAGAACAUUUGAUCAUAUAGUUUUGGAUCAGCCUUUGGUCAUGGGUGUCCAUGUUCCUUGGGAUUCCCAGCUAGAGUAUUAUAUGUGUCACAAUGAUUGGGAUGAAGUCCUUAAGUUGUUGGAUCUCAUUCCUGAGGAUCUUUUAUAUGAUGGAAAUUUGCAAAUUGCUUUGGAUGUUCCGAAGCAGUCUUCUGGCCAAAAUUAUUCAGUUUCUUCCCAUAGCGAGUAUAUAGGCUCCAUCGAAGAAGUGGAUGCUGUACUUAUGGAUGUUCCUUAUAUCAAGAUAUUUAGGUUACCUGCAGAUAUCCGGUGCUCCUUGUGGCUAACAACACUUAUGGAGCAGGAACUUGCAAAAAAACUUAUAUUCUUAAAAGAAUACUGGGAGAACGCUCUAGAUGUAGUAUAUCUUCUGGCUCGGGCAGGUGUCAUCCUUCGUAAUUGUGAAGUUUCAUUUAAGGAGGAGUCUUGUAGGCCAUCCCUAGAUCUUUCUUUGUCCAGAAAGGAGAGAGGAGCAGAUGUUGAUACCCUGAACGCUGUACACAAGCUAUUCAUACAUUAUUGCACGCAAUAUAAUCUGCCAAACCUUCUGGAUCUGUACCUUGAUCAUCACGAAUUGGUCCUAGAUAAUGAUUCACUUAGUUCAUUGCAGGAAGCUGUUGGUGAUUCCCACUGGGCAAAAUGGUUGCUGCUGUCCAGGAUCAAGGGGCGGGAAUACGAUGCAUCAUUUUCAAAUGCACGCUCAAUUAUGUCACCUGGUGCAGCACCAAAUGGUGAAGUUAGUAUUCCUGAUAUUGAUGAAAUUGUUUGUACUGUUGAUGACAUUGCUGAAGGGGCAGGAGAAAUGGCAGCUUUAGCAACUAUGAUGUGUUCAUUGGUGCCAAUUCAAAAAUCCUUGAAUACUGGUAGUGUGAACAGGCACAGUAACUCUUCUGCACAGUGCACACUGGAGAAUUUGAAACCAUUUCUUCAGAGAUUCCCUACCUUAUGGAGUAAGCUUGUUACUGCUUGUUUUGGAGAAGAUAUUUCUGGCAACCUUCUGCGGACCAAGGCUAGGAAUGUCUUGUCAGAGUAUCUGAAUUGGCGUGACAGUGUAUUCUUCUCAGCUGCACGUGAUACCUCACUCCUGCAGAUGUUGCCUUGUUGGUUUCCUAAAGGGGUUCGUAGAUUAGUUCAGCUUUAUAUCCAGGGACCUCUUGGAUGGCUUUCUUUCUCAGGAUAUCCUACAGGGGAAUAUCUACUGCACAGAGGUGUUGAGUUCUUUAUAAAUGUGGACGAUCCGACUGAGAUAAGUGCUAUAUCUUGGGAAGCAAUCAUCCAGAAGCACAUCGAAGAGGAACUUCACAACACAAAAACUGAGGGAACCGAGCUUGGACUUGAGCACUUCCUGCAUCGUGGACGGCCACUUGCAGCUUUUAAUGCAUUCCUGGAACAUAGAGUUGAAAAGAUAAAACUGGAGGAUCAAUCUGGCUCUUUGAUACAUGGACAAAGAAAUAUGCAGUCAGAUGUUCCGAUGCUACUUGCACCUCUGACCCAGAAUGAUGAGUCACUUCUUUCAUCUGUCAUACCACUUGCUAUCACACACUUUGGGGAUUCUGUGUUGGUGGCUUCGUGUGUCUUCCUUCUUGAACUUUGUGGCUUAUCUGCCAGCAUGCUUCGGAUAGACGUGGCAUCGUUGAGAAGGAUAUCAUCCUUUUACGAAUCAAAUGACAAUAUAGCACAACAAAAAUCAUUCAAGGGUUCUAUGUUUCAUGCGGUAUCUAGUGAAGGUGAUCUAAUGGGGUCACUAGCUAGGGCCCUGGCUAACGAAUAUGGUUAUCCUGAUAUUUCAAGUGUCUCUACGAAAAAACAUACUCCAAGCAGUUUUUCUGGUGCUCAGCCCUGUCUUCCGCUAAUGCUUGUUCUUCAUCACCUGGAACAAGCUAGUCUUCCAGAUAUUGGAGUAGAUAGAAAGACAAGUGGAUACUGGCUGUUAACAGGUGAUGGUGAUGGGUCUGAACUGCGGUCUCAGCAGACAUCUGCUAGCUUGCAUUGGAGUUUAGUUACUCUUUUCUGUCAGAUGCAUAACAUUCCUCUGAGCACCAAAUACCUUGCCGUGCUAGCAAGAGACAAUGAUUGGGUUGGAUUCUUAUCUGAAGCGCAGCUUGGAGGAUACCCAUUUGAUACGGUUCUCAGUGUGGCAUCAAAGGAGUUUGGUGAUCAAAGAUUAAAAGCUCACAUACUGACCGUUUUAAGACAUGCCAACUCAAAAAAGAAGGCUACGAUAUCGUCCUCAGAUGACACAAGUGGAGGUUUUACAUGUUCCUUUUCAGAGGAUGGAGCUUACGUCUCUGCUGAACUUUUUCGCGUUUUGGCUUACUCUGAGAAGCUAAACAAACCCGGAGACUACCUUUUAUCGAAAGCUAAGGAGUUAUCGUGGUCUAUUUUGGCUCUCAUAGCAUCAUGCUUUCCGGAUGUUUCUCCUAUAUCAUGCCUAACAAUCUGGUUGGAAAUUACCGCAGCCAGGGAAACGUCAUCUAUCAAGGUGAACGAUAUAACCACUAAAAUAGCAGAAAAUAUAGCAGCAGCCGUGGUAUCUACAAAUUCCUUGCCAACGGAUGCUAGAGGUGUCCAGUUUCAUUACAAUAGGAGGAAUCCUAAACGGAGACGGCUUAUUGCACAUACUUCUGUGGAUUCAUUGGCUUCAGCUAAUAGUUUAAGCACCUCAGCUGGUAAAACACUUUACUCUCACAAAACAGAAGCUGCAGAAGAUGAAAUAGCUGAAGAUACCAGUGUUACUAAUGAUUCGUCUGAUGAGCAUGCGUCUCUAUCAAAAAUGGUUGCAAUGCUUUGUGAACAACGCUUGUUUCUUCCUCUGCUAAAGGCUUUUGAAUUGUUCCUCCCUUCCUGCUCUCUACUGCCAUUUGUCCGGGCUCUUCAGGCAUUUUCUCAAAUGCGCCUUUCUGAAGCUUCAGCACAUUUGGGUUCUUUUGGGGCUAGAGUUAAAGACGAAUCAAUGCAUUUUCAGUCAAAUACAGCCAAAGAAGUCAAUUUUGGGGCAUCUUGGAUCAGUAAAACAGCUGUUAAAGCUGCUGAUGCUGUUUUGUCAACUUGUCCAUCUCCAUAUGAGAAACGAUGCUUAUUACAACUUCUUGCUGCAAUAGAUUUUGGUGAUGGGGGAUCUGCGGCAACAUAUUAUCGGCGUCUUUAUUGGAAAGUUAAUUUGGCUGAGCCAUCACUCCGGUGGGAGAACGGUCUUGACUUGGGAAGUGAGGCUCUUGAUGAUGGGUCUCUACUGGCAGCUUUGGAAAAGAACAGGCAAUGGGAGCAAGCACGAAACUGGGCCAAGCAACUUGAAACCAUGGGUGCCACUUGGACAUCCUCUGUUCACCAUGUUACUGAAACGCAGGCAGAAUCCAUGGUCGCAGAAUGGAAAGAAUUCCUUUGGGAUGUCCCAGAAGAGAGAAUCGCAUUAUGGGGUCACUGCCAAACUCUGUUUGUUAGAUACUCUUUCCCUGCUUUACAGGCAGGUUUAUUUUUCCUUAGGCAUGCAGAAGCGGUGGAGAAAGAUCUCCCUGCAAGAGAGAUCUAUGAGCUGUUACUGCUAUCCCUUCAGUGGUUGAGUGGGCUAACAACCCUUUCGCAUCCGGUUUAUCCUUUGCAUCUUCUGAGAGAAAUCGAGACUAGAGUGUGGUUAUUGGCUGUAGAAGCAGAAGCAAAUGUGAAAAAUUUAGGAGCAUUUAGUCCGAGUAGUACCAGAAGAGACAUUGCGAAUGGAAAUAGUUCAAAUCUUAUAGACCGAACUGCAAGUAUCAUAACAAAAAUGGACAACCAUAUUUCUUCCGCAACAAAAAAUAAAAUUGGAGAAAAGCAGGACUCCAGGCCCCCUGGCCAAGCACAUCAAAGGAACCAGGACACGACCACUUCAGUAUUUGGUGCCAGCACAAAGUCUAAAAGGAGAGCCAAAGGGAAUGUCCCACAAAGAAGACAUUUUGUGGAUUCUUCUGAUAGGAAUAUUGAUUCUGAAGAUUCUCCAUCUCUUCUAAACAUCAAAAGCGAGUUCCAGCUCCAAGAGGAAAGCACGGGUUUGGAGAUAUGCUUAUCAAAGUGGGAAGAAAGUAUAGAGCCUGCGGAGUUGGAAAGAGCUGUUCUGUCUUUACUGGAGUUUGGACAAGUAACAGCUGCUAAGCAGCUCCAACUUAAGCUUGCUCCAGAGAGUUUACCUUCUGAGCUGAUAAUUCUGGAUACUGUUAUGAAGCUAGCAAUGUUUUCUACGCCUUGCAGUCAAGUACCGUUGUCAAUGUUGGAUGAUGAAGUUCGUUCUAUCAUUCAAUCACAGAAUCUUAAAAUAGACCAACCUGUGAUUGAUCCGCUACAGGUGCUGGAGAAUCUAUCGAACAUUUUAAAUGAAGGCAGUGGACGUGGGCUGGCAAGAAAAAUCAUUGCAGUUAUAAAAGCUGCUAACAUACUGGGCCUUACAUUUACCGAGGCAUAUCAAAAGCAGACCAUAGAGUUGUUACGAUUACUUUCUCUUAAAGCACAAGAUUCCUUCGAGGAAGCAUGUCUCCUUGUCAAAACACAUUCCAUGCCCGCUGCUAGUAUCGCUCAAAUACUUGCAGAAUCCUUUCUGAAGGGUUUACUGGCGGCUCAUCGUGGAGGAUAUAUAGAUUCUCAAAAGGAGGAAGGGCCUGCUCCACUUUUGUGGAGAUUUUCAGACUUUUUGAAGUGGGCGGAGCUUUGUCCAUCUGAACAGGAAAUUGGUCAUUCAUUAAUGCGUCUUGUGAUUACCGGGCAGGAAAUACCACACGCGUGUGAGGUUGAGCUACUUAUUUUAUCUCAUCACUUCUACAAGUCAUCUACGUGCCUUGAUGGAGUUGAUGUUCUUGUGGCACUUGCUGCGACUAGGGUUGAGGCUUAUGUUGCUGAGGGAGAUUUCUCAUGCCUGGGUCGUCUAAUAACUGGAGUUGGAAACUUUCAUGCUCUUAAUUUCAUUCUCAAUAUCCUAAUCGAAAACGGGCAGCUCGAUCUCUUGCUACAAAAAUUUUCUAGUGCUGCUGAUGCAAACACUGGUACUGCCCAGGCUGUCAGAAGUUUUCGGAUGGCCGUUCUGACUUCGUUGAAUCUCUUCAACCCAAAUGAUCAUGAUGCAUUCGCAAUGGUAUAUAAACACUUUGACAUGAAGCAUGAAACGGCUGCUUUGCUAGAGGCACGUGCAGAUCAGGCUGCGCAGCAAUGGUUUAGACGGUAUGACAAGGAUGAAAAUGAAGAUCUCCUUGAUUCUAUGCGCUAUUACAUUGAAGCAGCUGAAGUUCACACUUCUAUUGAUGCUGGAAACAAAGCACGGAAGGCUUGUGGUCAGGCUUCCCUUGUCUCGCUUCAAAUAAGGAUGCCAGAUUCCAAGUGGCUCUGUUUAUCCGAAACAAACGCUAGAAGAGCACUUGUUGACCAAUCUCGUUUCCAGGAGGCUCUGAUCGUAGCAGAAGCGUAUGGUCUUAACCAGCCAAGCGAAUGGGCGCUUGUGCUUUGGAAUCUGAUGCUCAAACCCGAACUAGCGGAAGAGUUUGUGGCUGAGUUUGUAGCGGUGCUUCCCCUGCAGGCUUCAAUGCUACUGGAACUGGCUAGAUUUUACAGGGCCGAAAUGGCAGCUCGAGGUGACCAGUCUCAGUUCUCAGUCUGGCUGACAGGAGGAGGGUUGCCAGCUGAGUGGGCCAAAUACAUGUGGAGAUCAUUCAGGUGUUUGCUGAAGAGAACUCGGGACUUGAGGUUACGGUUACAGCUGGCGACAACAGCGACUGGAUUCUCUGACAUGGUCGAUGCGUGUAUGAACGCGUUGGAUAAGGUCCCGGACAACGCUGGACCACUUGUACUGAAGAAAGGGCAUGGAGGAGGAUACUUACCACUCAUGUGAAGAGAUCAUCAUCCCUAAAGGAUGCAAUGUUGAGUAUCUCGCUCUCUCUGCUACAUCGUUGUGAGAGCUAGAUGGAGCUGUAAAUUAGCCGGAGAAAUUGAAAAAGAGUUGGAUGUUUUGGAAGAGUAAACUGGAGUUUUUCUUAAUAUACGUUUCACAGUGUUUUUUGUGUGUGUGUUUGUUGAUGAUUGGUCUCACAAUUUUUUCCAUUUUGUUUCUUCUUGUACCUUGCGGCGAUUAAAUGGCAGUCUUGAGAGAGAGAGAGAUAUAGUGAUGUGUAACAGUGUAAUAACUGUCUGUUAUAAGUUAUAGGAAAAAAUCACAUUGUUGUAAUAAGUUUGAAUCUUAUACUUAUUUGCCUGGGAAUGGAUAUAUUUCUUGUUUUAGAAA